UGCAUCGCCACCUUCCAAGGAGUGGCCGCUGCACCUGUCCGACCUGUUCGGGGGAUACAUGACUCCGGAGGAAUUUCUCUCUCUUUUUUCCCCCGUCUUUGUGUGCAGCGGCGAGUUUCCCCCUCUUUUUCUUUUUCCUGAGAGAGGGGACAGUGUGAGAGCCAGAGGAGCGGAGAGGAGAGGAGCAGACGGAUAGAGAGCCAGAGAGAGAUGUCGGAACCAGCCGCAAACCCCGCCGCUGCCGCCGCCGCCGCUGCCACCUCCUUCCCAGCGCCAACCAUCUCUUUACCUUUGGGGCUGGAGGUGUUGAGGACCUACUCUGGAGCCCUUGUCUGUCUGGAAAUAUUAUUUGGUGGUCUGGUAUGGAUCCUGGUGGCCUCCUCCAACGUGCCCGUGCCUCUGCUGCAGGGCUGGGUGAUGUUUGUGUCCCUCACUACCUUCUUCCUCUCCACUACCUACCUCACUCUGCUCAUCACUGGCUUGGCUGACCGCAUCAAUACGGACUGGAACUUCUUGGAUGUGUUUUACCACUUCAUAGCCGUGCUGUUCUACUUUGCCGCGUUUGUGCUGGAGGCGGCGACGACGGCAGCGAACGGAGGAGCUCACAUCAGUCCCCUACCGAACAGCACCGACUCGGUCCUGUGUAUAACCUACCCCCGGGGCAACGUUUUCACUGUGCUGAGUUACAGGCAGUACAGCAUUAACGUGGCCGCCACGAUAUUUGCGUUUGUGGUGACUCUCUGCUACGGCUGCAGUAUGGUGAUGGGAUUCAAGAGAUGGAGGAAGUAACCGGGAGAAGGGAACAUAAAGUAACAUUAAAUCUGCGCCUUAACCUCAGCACGUGUUUCUUAUAAAAACAACCAAACCAUUCAGCUGUUCACCGAAGUCAACUGCUGUUCAGCUCAUUAAAGCACGCACCUUUUCAUCACCCCAACGUGACACUUUUGUCAGAAAGCAAAUUCUACAGCAAGCAAAAGUGUUUAAAUUUCUUUGUUAGAAAAGUAAUUUAACCCACGAAAUGGAUUGGUUUGACAGAGGUUCAGUCAAGAGUCCUUUUACUAAAACGCAUUGGAAAAUUAGAAAGAGAACUGAGAGGACGUUGUACUGUAAUAUAGCAUUUGUGGAAACUAAUUUUGUGAGAUGAAAUACAUUUUUUUUACUCAUAGACGUUUAAAGAUGAUCCAUUUUGUUUUUAUUUUUAUUUUGUGUUCGCUACCACUGGUGUUGCUGAGUUGAAAAUAUAUCUGAAAUCACAGUAUGUUACUUUGAGGACUGUCAGAUAUUCUCAUAAAAUUUGAGAAUAACCAUUUUUCCAGUAUUAUAGCAGACCCGCUGAAUCAAAAUUUGUCACACAUUACCGCUAAAUGUCAUAAUCAGUGAUCUUAAGGUUAAAUUGCUGUGUGAACCUGUUAAUUUAAUUUAAACUAAUCAUAUAAUCUGUCAUCAAAAAAUGGUACAAUAUUUCAAACAUCUUUGCCUAUUUGGCUCAUUUAGCUAAAGUAUGUUCUGAAAAGCAUUGUAUUAGUGUUUGGUCUUUAUAUUGAACUAUGAUGUAUUAUUUAACUGCUUCAAUCUAAUCUGAUUUUAAAUGUCACGUGGUUUGUAAUCUCAUUUAUUGUGCACUUUUUGUUUGUAUUAGAUUAAUAAUUUAAGAGAUUUUUAGAUUACAGGUUUGUUUUGACACUUGCUACUUUUGAAAAGUGAAAUGUGUUUUGGAACUAAAGAAAUAAAAAUAUAAAAACCUUG